AUGUUAUCUUUCUUUCGUCUCUCCAUUUUAACUUCUUUUAUCUUUAUUUCGUCUCCCCAUUUUAAACUUCCUUCUUUUAUCUUUCUUUCGUCUCUCCAUUUUAACUUUCUUCUUUUAUCUUUCUUUCAUCUCUCCAUUUUAACUUCUUUUAUCUUUCUUUCGUCUGUUUUUCUUUCUCUUGCAUUAAUUCCUUAUUUUUCAUUUUCCAUUUUUAUUUCGCGUCUUUCUUUUAUCUUUCUCAUUCCUUCUUUUAUCUUUUUUUCGUUUUUCCCUCUUUAUUUCUAUCUUUCACCCAUUCUUUCUCUCUCUAUGUACUUCCUUUCAUGGCUCUUUUCCUUUCUUUUUCUAUCAUUAAUUAUUUCUCUUCGUUUUAAUUUCUUAUUUCUCAUUCCUUAUCUAUUUCUCUGUCCUUUUCUUUAUAUCUCAUUUUCUUUCACAUUAAUACUUUCUUUCUCGUUCUAUCUCUCCAUUUCAUUCUUUCUCUUAAUUUCUUAUUCUUUCCUUUUUCAUUCUUUCUUUCUUUUUUCUUUCUCAUUUUUUGUUUAUUUACUUGACAAUAUUCGCUAG